AUGGUGACCGUGGUGGAGUUCAAGAUGAGGGGGUGCAUCCACCCCGGUUGCACCAAGAGGCCAUCAUUCGGCGCUAGAGAUGCUAAGAACAACAAGCCCGAGUACUGCACUGUUCACAAGAAGGAGGGAAUGGUCAACGUCUACACCUCGACCAAGGGGUGCGCUCAUCCAGGCUGCAGCAAACGACCCUCAUACGGUGCCGCAGGAAGCGGCGUGAAGGUGGUCUGUGCGGAACACGCUGCAGACAACAUGGUCCCCAUCGGUACGGUGACGUGCGGCCAUUCAGGCUGUACGACGUCGCCGUCGUACGGGGCUGAGGGCACCAAGAAACCCCGAUUUUGCAAGCGGCACGCUCCACCAGACACGGUCAACGUCGUCAGCAAGAGAUGCGAUUACCCUUGGGGUUGUACUGCAAUCGCAAACUUCGGCGGCAGAGAGACGGGCAACAAGAAAUAUUGCCGACGACACGUGGGUGGAGCCAUGGCGAGCCAGAACGGCUCCGUUUCCACAAGGAGGUUCUCCAGUGAGGAUACGCAGGACAAGGACCACCAAGAGUGUGGUGGACCGGAAAGUAGUUUGGGCCCGUGCGGUACCAAUGAGAAGCUGACGUUCCGAUCUCCGUGGCCCGCCCAAGCGGACAUGUCCCCGGGAAGAAGCGGUGAGGAGAUAAAAACUCAGGCGUCCCGCCCCACCAUUCCCGUUCCUACGGGGGCCCCAGCACUCGGGGUCGAAGGAAGCUGCAGUUCUGUAGGCACGGGGCCUCUUUUGGAGUCGAUUCUGGUAGCAGAUCCUCCUACGAUAAAAUCGGAAGCACUGGGGCCGCACGCGGAGGAACGCCCAGAGUACGAAGGUCAGUCGAACCGUGUCCGGAACAAGAGGCGGUCGUGAAAAUGCAGUACGUUGGACACGAUAGAACUCCUUGCUUGGUUUCGUCGUCGUAACGGGGUUGGUUUGCUUCACCUCGCCUAACUUGUUGUGUCGGUGACUGGCCGGGUGUGUAUAUGCACAUUCCCGUCGGGAUACAAGCGUGGCCCCAGUACAGUAGCCCCUCGCCAGCUUGCUCCGUUAUUACACCAAGUAGAAACGCAGCAGCAGUAGCGGGCAUGUGAGGGGCAUUGUGAUGGAGAAGCUGGUUGUGGUGGUAGAAUAUGGGUAGGGUAAUGUUGGCUGUAGUCUAUUCUAUGAAAAGUGUGAUGACAAAACUGUGUCCGUCGGGAGUUGUUUUCUAUUAAAAUCAGGGCACGAGGAACUGUACUGAGAUGAUGCUUGGCAGUGUCGAUUGAA